ACGGCCGCCAGUUCCGAGGGGAGAGGCGGUGGACGGUGCGGUGGGACCGGACAGAAAACCGCCCGCACUCGGUGGGGAGUCACGCCGAUAUCGGCACCAACGGCCCUGCUACUGGAAAUCGAUACUUCCGCUAGAGGGGAGUCUCCGCACACAUCGAGCUACUUGCAAGAAAUAAACAAAUGUCUUCCUCUAGUCAAUUUAGUGACUGUGAUUGGUUUUACCACAUUCCUCGGAAGCCAAAUCAAACUGACAAGAGCCAACUGCAGCUUCCACCGACUUCCCAGAUCCCAGGUUUGAGUGACCUUGCAGAGCCUCACAAGGAGAUCACUUUUGAGAGACGCAGAUUAUGGAUUAGGGACACAGAUUCAGAUUAUGUAAAGUUAGCCAAACAAGGAGGCAGGGCAGAUUUGCUGAGGCAUUUUUCUCCUCCUCCAAGGAAGUCACCUCCAAUUCCCAGCUCACAACCAGAAUGGUUCACACAUGUACCACCAUCCCCUACCAAGACCAAGGAGGUUCCUAAAUGGUAUAUGCCUGAGUACAUGGUUCAUGAGGAGUUUAUUCCAAGCCCUUCUGACAAGAAGUCGAAAUGUAGACCUCAUGACUCUGAUAAGACAACAUUGGAAAAGGACAACGAGAAAGAAAAUGAAGCAAAAGUAAAGCUGAAGUUGCCAAAGAUAACGGACAAGAAGCAAAGAAACAAAUGGUUCACUAAGAAAACUGUGGAAGGUGAAAAUAAAUUUCCAGCUAUGCCUUUACCAAAGAAAAAUGAACCUGUAAAUUUCACCAAAUUAAUAGCAAAUGGGUAUGCUGAAGAGUUGAUCCAGCAGCAAGAUGAGUGGAAGGAGUUACCACCAAAGAUUAAAGAACCUAGAGACUUGGUUCCUUUAAAUGGGUUCCAGGAGGAGUUUAGAAAGAAAGAACCUCUUAGAAAUGCAAAACCAAAGGGAAGAAAAGCUAUUUCAACUAAAUAUCCAUCCAAGACUCUGCAAGUGAUCCCAUAGAUAAAACAUCACUUACUCUAAACAAUUUCAAAGACAUGCCAACUUGAACCGAGGCCUGCAGACAAGAUGUGAAAAUGUACAAAUUGUGAAGACAUCUACUAUCACAAGACUAAAUAAAUACUUUUAGUGGAAAAGGGACAGCUGCAAGAUAAUAGUUAUCGGCUCUUGGAUUAAAUGUUAUAUUUUUGUAUAAUUAUAUUUAUCCUUAGUAAUAAUAACUUUGUUUUAAUUACUUUACAUCUAAAGGCGACAACUUAAUUCUUAUUAUUAAUUUAACUAUAUACAGUAUAUAUAAUUAGAUACCUUUAAACAAUAAAAGGUAAAAAAAUGAU